CCAACUCUAGUGAUUGAUUCAUCACUACUACUACUACUAGUGUAGUCUCCAACUUGGCAACAACCACCACUCCACUCCACUCGGUGGGUGAUCCAUCCAUCUCACGCAACCAAGGCGAUGCCGCCGCCGCCGCCGCGUUCCCUGGACGACGCCCUGGCCGCGGCGCGCCCGUUCCUGCGCGGCGAGGAGGCGCAGGUGGACCCGGCGCUGCCGGAGCUCGCCGCCGUCCUGCGCGCCGCGGGCGCCGGCGAGUGCUGGCACAAGCACGGCACCUUCCUCGCCCACCUCCUGGACGUGUACCGCAUCCUCCGGCUGUGGGGCGCGCCCAACGCCGUGGCGCGCUGCGGCCUUUACCACUCCGCCUACUCCAACUCGUACGUCAACCUCGCCAUCUUCCAGCCCGACACGGGCCGCGCCCACGUCGCCGCCGUCGUCGGGGCCCCCGCCGAGCGCCUCGUCCACCUCUUCUGCGUCGUCCCGCGCCAGCAGCUCAUCCACGACCACCUCCUCUUCCACUACACGGACCGCGACCUCGUCGCCGACCUCCAGCGCUCGGAGGCGUCGCUCCAGGACGCGCGCCGCGGGGUGUUCCUCCACGACGAGCCCUGGCGCCGGAAGAUCCAACGCCUCCUCCCGCCCGCCGGCAUCACCGUCAAGCACAUCAGGACAGGGGAGGAUGUGGCCCUGUCCAGGCGCAUCGCCGCAUCGUUCCUCCUGAUGACCAUGGCAGACUUCAGCGACCAGCUCUUCGACUGGCAGGACCGGCUCUUCGACAACGCCGACGGCCGCCUUGAGUUCCGUGGCAACACCUGGACCUCCCUCUGGCCUGGCACCGGCAAGCCAGGCCUCUGGGUCACCUCCAUCUCCCGCAUGGGCGCUCUCUACGCCCUCAUUGUCCGCGAGGAGGAGAUACACAUUGCUCACCGGGGGGCGCAUGCCGCCACAGCCCAAGAACAAGGCAGUGACCGCGACGAGGACAUCCACCUGGUGCUCCCGCCGGUGUUGGACGGCUGCACCAAGCUGCUCGACGCCCAAGACCAGAAGGUGGCGCGAGACCUCUACUGGGAGGCAGUGUGCGGCGGCGACGAUGACUGGCGCAAAGUGGAGCAGCUCCUCCAGCAGAGCAUUGCCAAGAACCCAUUCGUAGGAGAACCACACCUGGUGCUUGCGCAGGUAUACCUUAACAUGGACAGGUACGGUGACGCGCAGAUCCAGGCGGAAGAAGGUCUCAAGCUGUUGCUCGAGUGGGGCAGCUGCUGGGACAAGAGAAUGCCAUGGGAGGGCUGGGUGUCCUGGGGGAGGGCCAUGCUCACCAAAGCCAGGGACAAGGAUUGGCCCCAUACCUCAUUCGGCAUCCUCAGCCUAGGCCUUGUCAAGUGAUCAGCAUAUGGGCAGUGCAGCACCAACUGUAUGAAAUAAUAAACCCACGUAAGGUCAGUCAAAAUAAAUGGAUAUACAGAUGUUAAUAAUGUGCAGGUCCAAAUAUGUAUGUAUGCAGUUUACGAAUCCAAGUGGUCCAAAUAAUGGGAACAUAUGCCAAGUAUGAUUGAAGCUACACGACAAGAAAUCAUUUAAUCUAUGACGAAUUUCUAGUGACGUUUAUGUAAACUGUCAUAAACAGAUAUGAUCUAUGACGAUUUAUAAA